AUGCCUCUCUACAAUGUUACACUAAAAGAGAAUGCCUCGCCCGAGGAACUCAAUAAGGCCAAGGAAAAGGCGAAAGCAGACGGUGGCAACAUCAAGCACGAGUUCACUCUGAUCAAGGGCUUCACUGUCGAGUUCCCCGGCGACAAAGUCGGCGUCCUGCAGACCAACGAGCAUAUCCACGUUGAGCAAGACCAAGAGGUCAAGACUCAGUAA